AUGGAGGUUCUGGAGGAGGCCGAGCUCUGCUUCCCUCAGCUGCUCAACUCCUCCUGCAAGAAGCCCAAGCGUCCUCAUGUGCAGCUGGUGGUGACGUACGUGGUGCUGUCCUUCAUCACGGUGCUCACCACCACCCUCAACCUGCUGGUCAUCAUCUCCAUCUCACACUUCAAGCAGCUCCACACUCCCACCAACCUCCUGCUGCUCUCUCUGGCCGUCUCCGACUUCUUCGUGGGCAUCUUCACGUGUUUCCAGAUGCUGCUCAUUGACGGCUGCUGGUACCUGGGUGACGUCAUGUGCACGCUGUACCAGUACCUGGCCUACAUCGUCACGUCCGCCUCCAUCGGCACCAUGGUGAUGAUCUCCGUGGACCGCUACAUGGCCAUCUGCGACCCCCUGCGCUACCAGACCAAGGUCACCCAGAGGAAGGUGCAGCUGUCGGUGUCGGUGUGCUGGAUCUUCUCUGUGGUGCUGCAGACGCUGCUGCUGUGGGGGAACCUGGUGCAUCCGGGCCGGUUCACCUCCUGCUCUGGGGAGUGCGUGGUUGCCAUCGACUACAUCGCGGGCCUCGCCGACAUCCUGCUGUCCUUCAUCGGGCCCGUCGCCGUCAUCGUGCUGCUGUACCUGCGGGUGUUCGUGGUGGCGGCGUCUCAGGCCCGAGCCAUGAGGUCCCACAUCGCCUCCGUCACCGUGCGCGGCUCGGUGACGGUGAUGGUGAAGAAGUCGGAGAUGAAGGCGGCCAGAACUCUGGGCGUGGUGGUGGUGGUGUUCCUCAUCUGCCUCUGCCCGUACUUCUGCGUGACGCUGACCGGGCAGGACGCGCUGCUCAACCCGUCGUCCGUCGCCUUCGUCACCUGCCUGUUCUACUUCAACUCCUGCCUCAACCCCAUCAUCUACGCCUUCUUCUACCCCUGGUUCAGGAAGUGCCUCCGCUUCAUCGUCACGCUUCAGAUCCUGCAGCCGGACUCCAGCGAGGCCAACGUCCUGUAG